AUGUCCAUAAAGAAGGUAAUGAAAGGAAUACAAGGAGAGCAGCUACCAGCGGACGGUUUGUUGACCAGAGACUUGGAGGCUUUGGCUCCGAGUCAGGUCACAUGUACUGAGAGACUUGGUAAAACUUUACAAUUGGAACAAGAAACAUAUUUACUGCAGCAUCCAGAGGUAAAAGCUAUGCUAGAAAUAUUCAUGAGCAAAAUGAUGCAGAAAAAUAAAAGGAACGGAGUUUUUAAAGAGGCUGCCGAGUACUUUACAAGACCUACCGAGGAACUUAAUAAAGAAAUUCUUGAAAGGCUUAAUUUGCUCUCUGAAGGAUCUUAUACACAGGGUGUGACUGUACCAAAAGAUUAUGAAGAUGAUAAUUUGAUGGGUGAUUUAAGGAAAAUCAACGAUUUCUAUUAUAAAAUGGAAUCACCGAAGUAUUCACCCACUGCCGGGACACCAGUUGACACAGAGUCGUCAACAUUUUUGUCCGUUAAAACAUCAGAUACAACGCUAGCUACUCCUGAACCCAUACCGACGCCGGAGAUGACGUUGUCCGAGACAUUCUUCACUUUUAUUUCGAACACGGUUGAUAAAGCAAUAUAUUUGCGAGUCGAUGACGAGAUUUUGAACUACGAUACUGCUUACAUAGAACUUUGUAAAGCUGUUGAGAAAGCAAUGGAGAUACCAGUGAUUGAAAUCAGAGAAGACAUUGCUUCACUAUUGUACAAUGCCUACGACAUGUUUGAGUUUAAUAUCAAAGAAAAAGAGCGAAUUGCUGCCGCUGCUGCUUGGGAAAAGAGAAUGAGGAAGAAGUUGAAGAAAACGUUGAGGCGUUUAGACAAUUUUAAAGGAUACGCAACGCCGCCUACGCCAAAGAGUGAGAUUUCUUCCCACGAGAGCUAUAAAAUACCACCUCCUCGUCCAUGUAUAUGCCAUCCGCAAUUUCACUAUAAUCGAUAUCCAAAGGAUAGAUUUGGCAUAUAUUUGCCGAGUGAAAAUAACUUCAACGAUGGAAACGUGACAGUAACGCCGGAUAUAUCUGAACCGAGUGAUGAUGAGCAAGAAAAAGUUGCAGCAACUUGCUAA